ACAGGAAAUGCCAGUGGCUGUCAUUUGACAGGAACUCACCAGGAGCUCUGAGCCAAGAGGACUUCAACUACCAACUAUAUCAAAAGAAAGGUCGUAGGCUAAUCACACCUACUCACUCUCUUGUACUGUCAUUUGGUCUCUCAGUCUGUAUCUCUCCUUAUCCUCGCCCUUUCUCUUUCAGACUAUGUUAGAGAGUGCAUUGUGGGUACAGGUCAGAGCUACAGGGGGCGGAGGUCGGUGACAGUUAGUGGGAUCCUGUGCCAGGCCUGGGCCUCUCCUAUUCCUCACGAACACAAGUAAGAUUCCCCACAACGUCAAACGAAAUUGUGUUAAAACUACUUCUUACUGGUAGUGUUGGCCUGUUAGUGAUGCAAUUACCUAGUAGCUAGAUGCUAGUCUGUAUGUGUUUGUAUGUGUAUAUGAGUAUGAUAUAUUAAGGGUUGAUUAGACUACUGGGAGCAGUCAUUCAUCAGAACUGACCUCAUUGUAACACUUUACAGAGUCACAGAUCAUUUCCUGCUGUGGCCCUACUGUUUAUCAAGGCGUGUGUGUGGUUUACUGGCAUUAGGAUCCUAUCUAAUAUGCAGCCUUUGCUUAAGCUCUAGGUGCAUCCCCCUGCUAAAUUCCCAGAUAAAGCCCAUUUUUCAAUAUGCAGGCAUACUCUCUACGGUGUAGCUUCUAAUAGCAAAAAGAGCCAAUUAAGUGGAAGUUAAAAACAUAAGAUGCAAGGGAAUCAAUGUCCUCUACAGGAUUAUGAAAGUGGAAUUUGGACUGAUCUUUAGCGAAUACCUGGUAAGUGACGAGAUAAGUGCAUUUAUAUUUUACAAAAAUGUCUAAUAAGUUAUUUUAUAUUCAGCCUACUAUUGCUCGACGUAAUUUAUCUUAGGUAAAAGAUUCCCGUCAAGGUUUCUGAAAGACGGCAAUAAGACAACAAUGACUCCAUUGGUUAAAAGACAACACAUUACAUGGCAUUUAAUUAAAGAGAUUCAGGGGUUUUCCUUUCCUUUUCCUUGCACCUUUAUCCAGUCUGGUCUAUUGUGACUAUUUUAGCAGUGGAAUAUUUUGUGUCAGUGGAGGACAAUGUUGCUAAAACAACACUGAGGAGAACUGAGGAGAAAAGAGCAAUAAAAUAAGGACAGAGAUUAUCACGUGUCAGAUAUGUAUAGCUAUCAGAGAACCGUACACACAACACAAACAUCUCAUCUUAGACCUUUAUUAUCUUUGAAUCUCAUUCUACCUCCUUUCUUCUCCACUCCCCUCCUCUCAGAGGUAUUAAAUGACUUUGAAAGACUUUGUAGUGAGUUGUCACUGCGGCAGAGGAAUCAAAGAGGGCAGUGUAUGUUUGUACCUCUGGUGAACCUGCUUUAUCAGACCGCUAUUAAUGUCUUUGUAGAUCAGGUAAUUAAACCCAGGCGCUUUGUAUGUUUUAUCAGUCGGCUUACAGACAUUCUGACAUAUACACACACACAUACACACACACACAAAAGAACAAAUUGCAUUUUUAUCAGUGAAAGGUUUAUCCUCUCUUUUGAUUGCCCUGCAAAGACCCUCUCAUUUCUGUCCCAGUCAUUACACACUCCACUGAAAGACUACUUCAGAACUUCAUCUUUUCAUCGUCAUGUGGAAAACCAGCUUGAAUCAAAGAUUACACUAUGUCCAUCAUCACAACUGGUGACCACAGCCAUAUGCUUGCCUGAUGUAGAAGAUGUGUCAUUUGUCAUUGUGUAUACACUACAUUCAGAACCUGCCUCAUAGAAAACUAAUUCUGCUUCUACAUAUUACCGUUUUCUCUCAACAUCAUGCCAUUGACGACUCCAUCUUUUAGCGCCGACAUCAAUUACUUUUGCAUUGUUAAUUUCCAAUGGUCAUGUCUACAGGCAGGUUUCAGCUAUCAGAGCUAAGCAGCAGCUCUCUCAUAAAUGAGUAAAGGAUUCCUCAUUCCAUCAGAGAUAACAAGGACAACAGAAUCUGUGGCCUUGGGUGUUUUUCAAAAAGAGGUUGCUCUGCAUGCUAGCUGAAAUAUUUGCAACCAGUCUUGGUACAUGUGUCUCUUUGUGUGACUGCAGCUCUGCUUCUGACAGAUUCAUGUCUAAGAGGUUCAGGAAGAAGGACCUGAGAGAAAACUACUGUCGCAACCCAGACAACUCGACCGUUGGCCCAUGGUGCUUUACCACUGACCCCCAGCCACAACUCAGACACCAGGAGUGUGGCAUACCACAGUGUUCGCAGGUGGAGUGUAUGAAUUGUAAUGGGGAAGAUUACAGAGGACCCAUGGACCACACAGAGAGUGGAAAGGAAUGCCAACGCUGGGACCUGGAUGAACCACACAAACACCUGUAUCACCCCAAAAGGUACCCUGAGAAGGGCCUGGAUGAUAACUACUGUAGGAACCCAGACGGACGCCACAGACCCUGGUGCUUCACCACAGAUCCAAACACACCCUGGGAGUACUGCAACAUCAAAGUUUGUGAUACACCUUCUAAAAGUAAUGUGGUGGAAACAACCGAGUGUUACCAGGACAGAGGAGAGGGUUAUAGGGGGACUGUGGAUGUGACGCCCACUGGACUCACCUGCCAACGCUGGGACUCUCAGUAUCCCCAUAACCACACAUUCUUGCCUCAAGCCUAUCCCUGCAAGAGGACUGUGUUUUUCAGGGACCUGACAGAAAACUACUGUCGGAAUCCAGAUGGCCAAGAAUUCCCCUGGUGCUUCACUACAGACCCAAGAGUCCGCACAAUGUUCUGCACCAACAUCCCUCAGUGCGGCACCCAAAACAAGCCUGUCAGUGACUGCUAUGAAGGCUUUGGAGAGAAUUACCAAGGAGGACAGGCAAGGACUAGAUCAAACCUGCCCUGCGCUCCCUGGACAAACCACAGCAACAGUGGUGAGAGGGGCAUGCUGAUGGUUGGCCUGGAGGGAAACUACUGCAGAAACCCUGAUAAAGACAAACAUGGUCCUUGGUGUUACACCAACAACUCUGCCAUACCCUGGGACUACUGCACUGUAAAACCAUGUGAUGCUUCACAGAACGCCAUUCCCCUGGGUGAGCUGUCCUCUGUGGGGUGUUUUGUCCAUAAAAGAACCAGGAUCGUGGGAGGAGGUCCAGUGAGCAUAUCAGACGGCAGCUGGAUGGUCAGCAUACAGAAAGGGUCCGUGCACUGGUGUGGAGGUUCACUAAUAAGAGAGGAGUGGGUACUCACUGACAGACAGUGCUUCUCCUCAUGUGUUCCAGACCUCAGUGAGUAUCGGGUGUGGCUGGGAGUCUCUGAUAUUCGAGAGGGCGCUCCUGAGUGGACCAAAAGACAGGAAGUCAGCAUAGCUCAUGUGAUAUGUGGCCCUGAGGGCUCUAGUUUAGCCCUCAUAAGGCUGUCUAAGCCUGCCCUUCCUGCGGACAAUGUCCAUACAAUUCAGCUGCCUGUGGCUGGGUGCUCCAUCCCAGAAGGAACGAUAUGUAAAAUGUAUGGAUGGGGCGAGACCAAAGGCACAGGCCAUGACGACGUACUAAAGGCGGUUGACCUGCCCAUUGUCAGUAACGAGAGGUGUAGAGAGAUGCACAGAGGGAGCUUCCACAUCACCAACACUAAGAUCUGUGCAGGAGGCAAGAGGAAUGAGGGAGUGUGUGAGAGGGAUUAUGGCGGCCCUCUUGUGUGUCAGGAUGGUGAGAUCAGGGUUAUUGUUGGAGUGAGUGUCCAUGGCAGAGGCUGUGCUCGUGCCAACCAGCCUGGCAUCUUCAUCAAUGUGCCCUUCUAUACACAGUGGAUCUACAAGGUCUUCAAAUAUUACCCCAACCCUGAGAAUGUUUAGCCAGACUCAUCAGGGAAUAAAACAGAACCAGGGGACAAAAUUGAGCCUAGAGCCUCUACUUCUGUAAAUCCAGCGGUUCACUCAGGACACCUGGUUUAUUCAUAUUUACACAGCCCACAGGUCAAUAAGAAACUGAUCUGAGGAUAGCUGAAUGGAAGGGGAAACUCUAAUGUAAGAUUUAAACACAUUAUUAACAGAUACCACACUGAUCCUCUGAGUCACUGAUGGUAAUUUUAAAGAGGAAAAUUUAAUACUGUUCAUAUCUUAGAAAUGGGAAAUGAACUGCUGCAGCAGCUAUUAGUAAAAGAAGGGACCCAAUGCAAGUUUUAUGUUACAGUAAAAAAGAAACACUGCCUUUGACUGAAUUCGAAGCAGACCAGGCAAACAAAUAUUUGAUUUUCAUCCGUUUUUCACGGGUUGCUUUUGGUAGCAAAUAUACCAGGGUGGUUUUUGUGCAUGUGAAUACUCUUGAUUCCUGGCAUUACUUGAAUGUUUUAAAACACCAAAGUUCAGUGGUUCAGCAGCUCCCUCUGUCGAGUACAUCAAUGGGCCACUUAGAAAUCUAUCCAAUGGUAGGGCAAUGUUAAGGGCACUCUUACCAAGCUCCAUGCAUCUCCAGGGGCUUAGAUAAAGUGGCCCUUACUGUACAUAGUAUUUUAAUGAGUGUAUUUGUGACACUUUAAAGGUGAUUUGGGUCUUAUAGAUCUAUGACAAGAGAAAAUUAAUGUGUUAGGCAGGUAAAUGAUAUACAGUGUGUUAUCUACAUUUCAGCUUUCAGUCAUGUUUCUGUCUCAUAAUGACGUCAGCUAUGUAUGGUAACGCUAUGUAUGGUAAAUAAACUCCAUUUUAAGAAUUAUAAUGUUAUCACAAUACCGCAGACUGUAUAUGUGAGGAUGCUCUUAGCAUUCUGUGUAGUUAAAAUUUUAAUUUAAGGCUGGUCAGCCUUUAUAGGAUUUGAAAAAACAGAAAAUGUAACAUUCAUGUGUACAUACAAGCUCUUUCUAUACAAAAUCUAAUAUUUCCUUAAACCUAUGUGUUAAUUCAUCAUGGAUGUGGUGUGUGUGUGUUUUUGUGCAUCUGUUUUUGUAAAUUUUUCCACAGCGGUCUCUGUAUGCAAAAAGAAAACUGCAGAAGGAGAGUGCGUGUGCAUGUGAGCUCAUGCAUGUUUGAGCCAGGACUGAAUGAAUUAUCCUCUCCCCACACUCAGGCCUUGGCAGCCCUGCAAUUCCAAUCCACUCUGGCUAUAAGUGUCACAAAGUCUGUCACUUCAAACUUUGUCAUGGAAAGGAAGGGAUGAUCCUUGUAACUGCAUUGUCUAUAAUGGAUGAUUCUCUGAGAUGACUGAAAGGCGCUUGAAAGAAACACACCUGUACUACCACUGUAAAUGAUUGAGAUGGCUUUCUAUUAUAACUACAUUAUGUUUGUGUAAGAGUGAGAAAAUGGUUCUGUAUGUGUGUGUGUGUGUGUGUGUGUGUGUGUGUGUGUGUGUGUGUGUGUGUGUGUGUGUGUGCACUGAAAGAUGCUGCAAGCUGCUAUAUUCCACAGGUUGUACAGUACUGUCUUUAGAUCUCUGUAUAAUGUACAUUCGCUAUAAUUUUCAUGUCAUCUUAACCAAUAUGCUAAAUGUUCAACCUAAUUUCAGCAAUUAUUGGAAAUGUUUUAUACUGUCUAUUACUAUGUUAAAUGUUUUUUUUUUUUUAAAUCUUCGAGUGUCUGUUUCAUUCGAGUGUUGUGAAUGCAAAUGUUUUUAGUCUCAGUCAGUUUUGUCACUCAAUGUAUGAUUAAGUCAAGGCUGUUGAGCUUCCCAACCAGAAGAUGGCACCACAGUAGCACACAGACUAUAAAGAUGUCUUCCUAAUUUUACUAAUCUCUUUCUCUCUCACACACACAUACAUACAUAUUCCCACAUCAAUAGUUACACUCUCUCCUACGUACAUGCACACAGGCACACACACACCUACAAACACCACCCAUUCCAGCCUAGUAGCUGUUCUUGGUCAAAUACUACAACAGAAUGGCGGUAUUCUGCUAUCACCCUAUUCAGAGUUAAACAGACUACCAGUGCGAGAUAGAUAUGAGGGGUAUAAGAGUGUGUAUGUACAUGCGUGUAUCCAUGAGUGAAGGUGAAAGAGCGCAGGA